UAUUGAGAAGUGUCAUGUUAUCUGUCAGUGGAUUCUCUGAAUUGAAAUGUGAUAAAAAAAAUAAAAAAAAUCUUAUUCAAGAAAGAAAAAUUGUGACAUGUUGAGGAAAUGCUGAGGAACUAAGAGCUCGGCUGUCAUUCAUGGUCGUGACAUCACCCUCCUCGCGCAGGAACUCGGCGCUUGUUCAUCAAUUAAAGCGCAUUUGACGUUUACAUUCGUACUGUACGACAGCGAGUAGGCUACUUGCACACUGAGUUACACAUAUGAAGUAUGCAAUCUAUCUGAUCUUCCUGUUUCCCUGCAGUCCCCCUGCAGCACAACCAACAUGGGAACCCAAAGAAAGGACAGCUUCCUCUGGGGGAAAGCACCUUUAGCUUUCAAUACAAAUGACAAGAAGCAGUCUGACGUCCAUAAGCAUUUGAUUCUAGAUGACAUUCAGAAACUCAGGCUGGAGAUCGAAAACAUGAUGACAGAAAUUCAAACGAUGGAGGCCGAUGAUGAGAAUAAAAAUGUUAUGAAGAACAAGAGAAUCCAGUGUGGAAAAAAGAAGUUUAACAUGGACCCAAAAAAGGGUAUCCAGUACCUGGUGGAUAAUGACCUGUUGGAGUGGAAACCAGAGGCUGUGGCGGAGUUCCUCUACAAAGAAGAAGGCCUCAAUAAAACAGCUAUUGGCAAUUUCUUAGGAGAAAGGGAGGAGAUCCACCUUCAGAUCUUGCAGGCUUUUGUUCACCUUCAUGAGUUCUCAAACCUUAAUCUAGUUCAGGCUUUGAGGCAGUUCUUGUGGAGUUUCCGUCUACCUGGUGAGGCUCAGAAGAUCGACCGCAUGAUGGAGGCCUUUGCCCUGCGCUACUGCACCUGUAACGCUGGGGUUUUUCAGUCCACAGACACCUGUUACAUCCUUUCCUUCGCUAUCAUCAUGCUCAACACAAGUUUGCACAACCCAAAUGUGAAAGACAAGACCACACUAGAACGAUUCAUCAGCAUGAACAGAGGAAUCAACAAUGGAGGAGAUCUUCCCAAUGAACUACUCGAGAAACUUUAUGAGAGCAUUAAGAACGAACCCUUUAAGAUCCCAGAAGAUGACGGCAAUGAUCUCACUCACACCUUCUUUAAUCCGGAUCGAGAGGGCUGGCUUCUAAAAGAAGGUGGCAGAAUAAAGACCUGGAAGAGGAGGUGGUUCAUUUUGACUGAUAGCUGCCUCUAUUAUUUCCAAUAUACCACUGACCAAGAACCAAAAGGAAUCAUUCCCCUAGAGAACUUAUGUGUUAAAGAGGUGGAGGACGCACACAAACAGUUCUGUUUGGAGCUGUUUAGCCCUCAUCGUAAAGGAGAAACGAUAAAGGCAUGUAAAACAGAGACAGAUGGGAGAGUUGUGAUGGGCAAACAUCACUCCUACAGACUCAGCGCUGCUUCUGAAGAGGAACGUGCAGACUGGAUCCAGUCCAUCAGAGCUUGUAUCACAAAAGACCCUUUCUAUGACCUGGUGUCUGCACGCAAGAAGAAGAUCAUCAGCCACACCGAACAACACGACUGAAGCUGAUUAAACAGCUGACAGAUUAAUGAACUGACGAGAUCUGAUCUUUCUGAACAGUUGCACACAGACUGAAGUACCAACAGUAGCCAAUGGGACUGACUGAGUGAGCUGGAAAUGAUGAAUGAGGUUCUCAGGGUGCUAAUUCUCAGGCCUCCCUCUCACCACGCAGAGGUCACCGCUGCAAUGUGUGCAGCCUCUGGGUUCAUUCACACAGUGGUGUUGUGGUCAGGAGUUUUGUCAAAAAAUUUUCCUAUUUAAUUAUUUAAAGCUUACGAGAAAUGUUACAGUGAAUAGUUAGCCUUGGAAAGAUUGCAGUUUCUUUUAUUUGUAAAAUAUUGUUUAAAAAAGAAAAAAAAAGAAAAAAAAAAAGCCGUAACUCUGAACUUGAAAAAGUUUGUAUAGUGUCACCUGGUAACUGUAGGAUUUUUCUAGUCGUGUUUGAAUUUUAUUUUCAAUGAAAAACCUUUAAAUUAAGCUACAUUUAACAGGGUGUUUGUUUUAAAUCACUAUUUGGCUAUUUCUUUUCCUGUGUAUUUUUCCAUUUGACUAAAACAUUUAUAAUAUUAUAAUUAUAGUUUUUUUUUUUAAUCUAAUCAAUAUGUCUAUCUUGUAAAUAUUGCAGUGCCAGUUAGCAUUAAUUGUCAUCAGAUAGAAAUUGUCCAUAUUCUGUACAUAAUAAAUGAUUUAUUUAAUGAAUGUAUCAUUAUUCGAUUAUAAGCUUAUGUAAUUACAGAGAACUACUAAACAAACUUAUAAAUACAUUAAAACCAUGUUAUUAAAAUACAAUGACUGUACUAGGCUGAUCUAAUUAAAAGUCUUUACCGAACAAGCCUCUUUUGUCCAGCAGAGGGCAGUGUUGAUCAAUUCCUGUAGCGUUUAUAUGCGUGUGUGUGUGUGUAAAUGUGUAAAUAUACUUUUUUCCAGUUAUAUUAACAUGAUAUGCAAGUACUUCACUGUUUCUUCCCUCUUGACUUCUGGAUUGUCAUGUUAAACAUACUUUUCUGUAAAGCUGACUUGAAACAUUAUGUAUUGUAACACAGCUAUACAAAUAAACGUGCAUUGAAUUGAA